AGUAUUGCUUCUUCUCUCACGUUUUCUCUGCAAUUUUUAAGCCUUGGAAACAGUUGGUGUUUUCUGUUGUUUGUUCUUCCAGAAGAAAAUUGUAGAGGAGAAAGAAAGAUGUUUCUAAUUGAUUGGUUCUAUGGGAUUCUAGCGUCUCUCGGACUGCACCUUAAGGAGGCAAAGAUACUUUUCUUAGGGCUCGAUAAUGCUGGGAAGACCACUCUGCUUCACAUGCUCAAAGAUGAGAGGUUAGUGCAGCAUCAGCCCACACAGUACCCAACUUCAGAGGAAUUGAGCAUAGGGAAGAUCAAAUUCAAGGCCUUUGAUUUGGGUGGUCAUCAGAUUGCUCGUCGGGUCUGGAGGGACUACUACGCCAAGGUGGAUGCCGUGGUGUACAUGGUUGAUGCUUAUGAUAAGGAGAGAUUUGCAGAGUCGAAAAGGGAACUCGACGCCCUUCUCUCCGACGACUCCCUAGCAAAUGUCCCCUUUCUCAUAUUGGGUAACAAGAUUGAUAUACCAUAUGCUGCCUCAGAAGAUGAACUGCGUUACAGCAUGGGUCUCACCAACUUUACUACAGGCAAGGGAAAGGUCAAUCUAGCAGACUCGAAUCUCCGCCCUCUCGAGGUGUUUAUGUGCAGCAUUGUCCGCAAGAUGGGAUAUGGUGAAGGUUUCAGGUGGCUCUCUCAAUACAUCAAGUAGGCAAGUAAGUAGAUUAGACAAAUUCCAGGCUAUAUGGUCUGUAAUUUUGUUGUUGAUGUUUUAUCCAAUCCUCCUCCUUCAGGAUCAUCAUGUUUCAUGUUUGUUCUGUAAAUAUAUAUAUAUAUAUAUAUAUAUAUAUAUAUAUUUGUCUUA